GUAACCUCUCUUUGGAUCCUCUCGGCUUUGCUCAAAGGUGGUGGCACCUUAUAGCUUCAAGACUUUUCUCUAUCUCUGCAGAUACUAUCGGUGGGCAUAGUGGUGGUGGCAGCAGGUGGUGGUAUAAAGCUAAAGGAUGGGACCAGGAGGACCAGGAGGACCAGGAGGACCAGGAGGCCCUGGGCCUGGUUGGGGUCCUGGACCUGGUGGACCUGGGCCUGGUUGGGGCCCUGAUCCUGGUUGGGGUCCUGGUCCAGGUUGGGGGCCUGGGCCUGGUUGGGGACCUGGUGGCUUCUUUGGUGGUAUUGGAAAUGGUUUGUGCAGCUUAAUUUCUUCUUGCUUCUACUUCUGCUGCUGUUGCUGGAUGCUGCAAGAGUGCUUUGGUGGGCCUCGAGGACCCUACGGCCCACCUGGGCCUGGUGGACCUCUCUACUGAUCCAGUGUUCCUGCUUGUGUUGUGUAUGAAAAACAGCGGUGUGAUCAGAUCACUGAUUGCCCGUUUCAUAAAAGAAGAUCUAGUUUCAAUUUACUGGUAUGAAGUAUGAACUAAUGAACUGCCACAUGGAGAUUGUGAAAGGCAAAUACGGAUUCAGUUGCUGCACUUUAAUUUUAUCUACCCUUCAUGCCUCUUAAAAUAUGUCUUUAAUCAAUCUGUUUAGUAUGAUGUCUUUUCGAUAUCAUAGUGGAACCCUAAUUUGUAUUAUCUACCGAUUUUCGUUCUUUAACACAUCUUUCAUGUGAAAUUUUA